UUUUAGAUGGGGUAGGAUAGUACAAUUCUGUGGCAUCUAAAAAAUUCCUAGACCCACAGUUGGAGGUGAGAAGAGUAGGAGUGGGAGAAUCUAUAUUAUAGCUUGGUAGGGUCUUACUAGUUCUUUUUAGACACUCGAGUAAUUUAACCAUAAAUAACUGGGCACUGGGAACAGGACACUCACUAAUAAGAGCAUGGCCUGGAGUCAUGUUUGAAAAAAAAUUUCAAGUCCCUCAGUGGGUGGAUGUAUCUGCAAAACAAAAGAAAAUCCCCUUUCCUAGCCCAGGCAGACAAGUCUCCUGUACAGUUAGAGACAACAGGCUUCCGGGCACGUAGCCAAGGUUCUGGGGAUAUUUAUAACUUGAAGAGGGUGGGAGUCCCUAAUAAGCUGUUAUAUUCUUUUUCCAUCACUUCCCUCUCCAAGGCUGCAGCAAGCUCGGAGCUCUUCCCCACGCAGAAUGCCUGCUUUCCCUAGCGCUCGACUUCCAUUGUCUGAUUCCCUCAUCCUGGCUGGGGAAAGGGAAGGCUGCAAGUCCUUCCGUUCCGAGGAACUCCAGCUGAAUGCAGCUUAGUCGCUGGUGGUGUUUCUUGGGCAGCCGCUGUGGUCUCAGGGAUCUGCCUAUGAGCCCGUGGUUUCUCUGAGCUGCCUGAGUCUGGAGUCUCAGGAAUCUGUGCGUCUUUGGUAUCAGACUACGAUCUCCGGGUUUCGCCUGCAAGUCUACGCAUUCGAGAUCUACCUGCGGGUCUGAGAUCGCCGGGAUCUACCAGUAAUCUCUAGACUCUUUCUCAACGCCAGGUCUUAAAAGAACUCUGCGGCUUUGGGAUCUGUCUGAGGCCUCUCAGAUCUUGGAGCCGGCGAUCUAGCGGAUCUUUUGCGGGCCAAGAGGCACCUGUGACAUUUGAAGAUAUGGCCAUGUAUCUCACCCGGGAAGAAUGGAGACCUCUGGACCCUACACAAAGGGACCUUUACAGGGAUGUUAUGCAAGAGAAUUAUGGAAAUGUUGUCUCAUUAGAUUUUGAGAUCAGGAGUGAAAACGAGGUGAAUCCAAAGCAAGAGAUGAGUGAAGAUGUAGAAUUUGGGACCACAUCUGAAAGACCUGUUGGGAAUGCUGAGGAAAAUACUGAAAGUGAAGAGGCCUUUGAAAGUGGAGAUAGGUCAGAAAGACAGUGGGGAGAUUUAACAGCAGAAGAGUGGGUAAGCUAUCCUCUCCAACAAGUCACUGAUCUGCUUGUCCACAAAGAAGUCCACACAGGCAUCCGAUAUCAUAUAUGUUCUCAUUGUGGAAAGGCCUUCAGUCAGAUCUCAGACCUUAAUCGACAUCAGAAGACCCAUACUGGGGACAGACCCUAUAAAUGUUAUGAAUGUGGAAAGGGCUUCAGUCGUAGCUCACACCUUAUCCAGCAUCAAAGAACACACACUGGAGAGAGGCCCUAUGACUGCAAUGAAUGUGGGAAAAGUUUUGGAAGAAGUUCUCAUCUCAUUCAGCAUCAGACAAUCCAUACUGGAGAGAAGCCUCACAAAUGUAAUGAGUGUGGAAAAAGUUUCUGCCGGCUCUCUCACCUAAUUCAGCACCAAAGGACCCACAGUGGGGAGAAACCCUAUGAGUGUGAGGAGUGUGGGAAAAGCUUCAGCCGGAGCUCUCACCUAGCUCAGCACCAGAGGACCCACACAGGUGAGAAGCCUUAUGAGUGUAACGAAUGUGGCCGAGGCUUCAGUGAGAGAUCUGAUCUCAUCAAACACUAUCGAGUCCACACAGGGGAGAGGCCCUACAAGUGUGACGAGUGCGGGAAGAAUUUCAGUCAGAACUCUGACCUUGUGCGUCAUCGCAGAGCCCACACGGGAGAAAAGCCAUACCACUGUAAUGAAUGUGGGGAGAAUUUCAGCCGCAUCUCACACCUGGUUCAGCACCAGAGAACCCACACUGGAGAGAAGCCAUACGAAUGCAACGCUUGUGGGAAAAGCUUCAGCCGGAGCUCUCAUCUCAUCACACACCAGAAAAUUCACACUGGAGAGAAGCCUUAUGAGUGCAAUGAGUGUUGGCGAAGCUUUGGUGAAAGGUCAGAUCUAAUUAAACACCAGAGAACCCACACAGGAGAGAAGCCCUAUGAGUGUGUGCAGUGUGGAAAAGGUUUCACCCAGAGCUCUAACCUCAUCACACAUCAAAGAGUUCAUACGGGAGAGAAGCCUUAUGAAUGUACCGAAUGUGAGAAGAGUUUCAGCCGGAGCUCAGCUCUUAUUAAACAUAAGAGAGUUCAUACCGACUAAGUCCUGUAAUUAUAAUACUAAGAAGUGAUUCAUUUGAAGACCCAAUUUUAUUUGAUAUCAAUGGGCUGCCUCAAGACUGAGCUGCUUUUAUCAUACUCACUUUCCUAGUUGUGGGCCACAAUUUAAAACAUCAAAGAAGACAAGCCAUUUGAAAUUCCGACCCACAGCUUUGGGAACAUUAUCCCCUUCUCCAAAAUAGUGAUUUUUAUUCACUGAAUGGAUUACUUCACCAAAAGCAGCCCCACAAGGAAAUCUGAAGACCAAGGGACAAAUGCUGGUGAAUUCCCAGGCCUGGAAAUGGAGUAAAUUUUAAAAGUUUUUUCUCCCAUCCUUGGCCCAAAGAACUGUGCUAGGGGAAACGUGGGACCAUAAUGGGGUGGUCAUUGCUACUUUGGAAAAAGGCAACUAGAGACUUGGCCUGAAUUGCCACGCCUAUUCACACACCAUAGCAGUUGGGUAUACACAUCUUCCCCUCCAAAGGGCUUUUUCCUUGAGUUGCUUAUGCGUUUGUAUCUUUUCAUCUUCCUGAGAGCAGGAUUCUGCACAAUGAAGGCAAUGAUUAUAACUUUUCUCCUUCUCAUUGUUUCCAAUUAACUUGUUUAAAGCUUGCAUCUUUGUGAAAGCUAACUGAAGAUACGGUUUGAAAGGAAAAAUGAGACAUAGGUUUGGGACCAAGGACCCAUCAAUGUGAUGACUUUAGCAAAAGAUGCCCACUGUUAUUAUUGCCAUUAGUCAGAUUUAUAAAUUUUCUUCGGGGAUCUCUAUAGGGAACAUUGUAGUGAAAAUAUCUUCAAGGAAAGAUAGGACCAUAAAUGAUGGUGGAGUAUAAGGAGCAAACUGACUCCUUCAGGGAAGGAAGCACAGUCUCUUCCCAAAGAACGCAGGUCAUUUCUGUCUUUCCCCUCUAAUCUUUAAGAUCAGUUCGUCCUAUCCUGCUAACUCUAGGAUUUAAUAAGGGCCACAUCCCAGUGUUUAUCUUAGCUUGCAUCAGGGCAUGUGUAUGUACAGUGAAAUGUGUAUUCCUGUGGUUUUUCUAAUAGCAGAAACUGAAUUCACAUAGAAUUAGCAUGUUCUUGGGUGAUACAGAUCAAGUGACAGAAUUACAGAUAUAACUCCAAUGUGAGAAAUGUCCUUUUUUAUUCUUUAUGGAAAAAAAAUUAAGCACUAGUGCUCUAGUGUGCACUCUCCUGUAAGGUCUGUCUUUGUACAGAACUAAGCACUUGUUUGUAUGUGUUCGUCAAUUGUGGGAGGUAAUGACUGGACAAAUAGGUUGAUUGUCCUGUUCUCAGACUGAAAUAUCUUCUAUGGCAAGGAAGAACUCUUCGGCUUACUCAGAAGGAAUUAAUAAACCUAGGUAGGAAUGUAUUUGCAUUCUCCCAGCCUACAGAUACAAGUGGUUAAAAAUAAGAGUUGACCCAAUUUAAGCCCAGUAGCGUCAGUUCUCCUUAUCUCAACCAGAGUAGGAAUUAAGAAAUAUCCCAAAUGUUGAUGCUUAUCCAAGCGUGUGGGGGUGGAGGGAAUUGGUGCCCCGGAGAUGGGACUGGAGUAAGGAAUAUUUUUUCUUUUGAGCGUGCCUCAGUUUAUUUCUACUGUGCUUUAUUGUGAAUGUUGUAACAUUUGAAAAAUGCUUUUGCCAUAGCUCUUUGGGACUUGCCAGUGGUCUCUCUUGGGUAGUGUACUCACAGAGUUACUGUGACCCACAGUUGUGUGGGACUACAUCGCUUGCAAAUGACACAACCUCGGAAGUAACAAUGAAAAACCACUCCACCAAGGGAGUUUCUUUAUGUUGCCACUCCUAUUUAAGUACAGACUCGGACAGGGAGCAUGUUUUUUGUUCUACACAAAAUCUAGCAAAUUGUGGGUAUUCAUAUUUUAAUUGUUGGGUGAUGCAUAUGUUCUUGGUAACUAAACUCAAAUAUGUCUUUACCUGUAUCAGUGUUGCUGAUGGUUUUAAUAAAUAUGAAAGUUCUCCUGUU